AUGCUUUACAUGAUUGGAUUAGGGCUUGCCCAUGAAACUGAUAUCACAGUUCGUGGCCUUGAAGCGGCUAAAAAAUGUAAAAGAGUCUAUCUAGAACAUUACACAUCUGUAUUGAUGUCCGCUAAUAAGGAAUCAUUGGAGAAAUUUUAUGGCAGGGAAGUGAUACUUGCUGACAGAGAAAUGGUUGAAUCAGAAAGUGACAAGAUCCUAGAGAAUGCACAAGAGGAUGAUGUUGCUUUUUUAGUUGUUGGUGAUGUUUUUGGAGCUACAACACAUACUGACUUAGUUAUAAGAGCCAGGGAACAAAAUAUUCCUGUCGAAUCUAUUCACAAUGCAAGCGUUAUGAACGCAGUUGGUGCAUGUGGCUUGCAAUUGUACAACUUUGGUCAAGCCGUUUCCAUAGUUUUCUUUACUGAAGAUUGGAGACCAGAUUCCUUCUACAACAAGAUUAUGGAAAAUAGAAGGAUUGGUUUGCAUACCCUUUUGUUGUUAGAUAUCAAGGUCAAAGAGCCAAAUAUUAAAGCUAUGAUGCAGGGUAGAAUUGAAUAUGAUCCACCUAGAUACAUGUCCGUUGCAACUUGCUGUCAACAACUUUUGGAAAUUGAGGAGAAGAGGAAGGAGGAAGCAUACACCCCCCAAACACCAUGUAUAGCUGUUUCUAGAUUGGGUUCACCAAACCAAAGUUUCAAGGCAGGAACUCUGGAAGAAUUAGCAAAUUACGAUGCAGGAGAGCCAUUGCACUCUGUUGUUAUGUUAGGUAGACAAGUGCACGAUAUUGAGCUAGACUACUUAUUAGCAUUUGCCAAUGAUCCAGAUGCGUACAGAAAGGCAGUUGCUGCAGAUCAGGAAUAUUUCAAGCCUCCGCCACCACCUCCUGCACCACAAGACAUCAUUUCUUCAGAUGAGGAAUAA